UCCUCCACGUGGCUGCUGACUCAGCAAAAAGUUUAUCCCUAAUGCUAGCCAUGGAGACCUCGAUGCAGACUGAUGAAGUGAUGGAUCCAGAAGCUGUGAGACUGGAGGACAUGAGCUUGACAUGUCCUGAGGUGGUGAUCAAGCACGACGGAGAGAGCGUUGUCUCCGUGGCUACACAAACGUCAGACCACAGUGAUCAGGUACAGAUCAACGUACCACUGGAAGAGCUGCUAAAAAGGGUGGAGGCUUUCACACAACUCAAGCGUCGGCAGAUUGAUGCGUCCAAUCAGAUUGAGUUCUGUUGCUGUAGCAACCCCGAUACGUCUUGUGCUAGGACAGAUGCAGCCUAUGUGAAACGCUCCCCUCACCAAGUCAGUCACAUCCCUUCCACUAAAGUGAGGAAAGAAAGAAAGAAAGAAGGAGAACCUUCCACAGUGCACAAUACUACUGGUCCAACUCCCAAAGCUCUGCCUCCAUUAGAGCAGCUCAAACAAGACCUACAACCCUCCGUAUCACCGUGGAUACGAGCAAGCCUAAUGAGAGGGGGUCCCUCGGCUGGGGGUCUCCUGGGAUUGACGGAGAGAGUUGGAAAUAUGGAGCAGUACACUCACCUUUAUGAGGGAGGGGACACUCCACGAGACAUGGUUCAGAGGGUCCACAACUUGGAGAGCCGACUGCUGCAGUUGGAGGGACGUUCUCUCGAGUACCAGCACACCUCGGGUCCCAUGGCUUUGAAAAAGGUCCCUAGCAACACCAGGACAAGACCAGGUCAUCUGAGAAAGCCAGUGCAGCAUCUCAGAGUCACAUGACAUUGUAGAGAAUUACCUUAACUGCGUGCACACCUAUAUACUAGUGUACUUCAUCCAUUACAUGAUACAUGUUGUCUCUUUCUGUAAUUAUAACUCAAGAAUUAAUUUUCAAUUUCAAUUCUGUCAACACAUAAUUUUGUAUUAACAAAUGUUUGAGUACCAACG